CGUUUACAAGCAGAUAAUUGUUUGCAGAUUUACAGCACUUCCAUCGCGCCCCAUUGACGUCACAAAUCCUAGCCGAGCUACCUUAGCUAAAUGAAUCCAGUGUCACUCGGCCUCUUCAGGGUGGAAUAACUCGUAUAGAGCUCAUCAAAGUCGAUGAAAACGAUGAGAUUGUUCGAUCCGAUACGUGAUCUGGUCAAUACGUUUCGCUACAGCGACGUUCAUCUUUCCAGCUAUGGAUGACAUGGACACCAAGCCUUGACAGGGCUUUAGGGAUCUGUCUAGGAUAAUGAGCUAUCGCUUGUAAAUGACAGGCCCCAUUUGUGCAUGACAUUUCUUCUCUUCAAUUCUGAUGACGCAACUGGUCGGACCAGGCUGAGAGAUCUUGGUCCGAGCAACCGACGGGCACGAUCUUGAUGAACUGCUGGCGGAACAUUUGCAACUGGAGUACCUUCAACAUCCAAAACGGGCCACGGGAUGGAGACAGACCUCGCUUUAGGUCGAACACUUAAUUAUCAAAAACCUCCGGGGAGUAGCUGGGCCGGAGGCAUGCUCCGUUAAGCAUUCAAGAUUGCCGUUUCAUACCAACCGGGGAACAAUCUUGAUUUCGGGCUGCAGGGCCACAACAGAGUUUCAAAGCCGGCCUAAUGAAGCGGUCGGAGAUCGAAGUGCUUCCAGAAUACUGACUAGACUGGCUCGAAUGGGAAUGCACGGGCUGUACUCGAUCACAAAAACCAGGAAGAAUAAAAAGUACGCAGAUGACCGCAGGGUCGACUGUGUCAGGCAAGUUCCUUGGUAACUGAGUAAAAAAAAGCAACAAGGGUCCUGUUUGACUGAUCAGCGGGGCCAAAACGAGUGGCGGCAGCAUGAAGCGCAUCGGCUUCCACUGAGUGCGAUCGAAGCAUCGAAGGGGAUCGGGUCAACGAUGCUCAGUUGAGAUCUUAAGUCAGGAGGGGGAUCGGUCCCUUUUGACUUCUUAGGCGGUGCACUGCGUGGAGUGCGCGUGGUCGGACGCCCUGGCAGGCCAGCCUCAUCGGUCCCGUCCGCGUGGCUCUCGAGGGUCCCGCCGCCUCAGCGACCGAGGGGGCUUGAGACCAGAUAUCAAGGGUUUUCAGGGAGUCAAGGAGACAGGGGGAGGGGCGUGAAGACAUGGCGCCGGAGAAGAGGGCCCGUAGAGCACGAAGGGAUCAAUCUAACCUCAGGGACCCCGGCGAUCAUCCAUCAUCUUCUAAUUCCCCAAGGACAAGGUUUAUCUUGGGCAAGGCACGUCUCCCGGGCUCCAGAGAGAGGUCUAGUGAAGCACACAUGGCGGGCAGGGACCAAGGAGCAAGGCAUCAUCAACAAACAGACUUAGUGUCGCUAAGAUGACCUGGUGGAGGGAAGGUGGUUUAGGGGACCUCGACUAUGACGCGCCGCUGAGCCAUGAUGCGAUACCGUACCCUCUUUCGCUUCAUCACUCGGGACGCCCAAGACCACAUCGACCAAUGAUGUAACCAGGUCGACGACACCCUCGUUCCUUCAGGGUAGAUUGUCAGGCACAAGCGGCAACCAGCUGGACGCCAAACCAGUCAGCCGGAGCCAAGCAGUUGUCCCAGGCUCCCACCAGCCAGUGGGAGCGAGUCCGGCCACGACGGGGAUUUGCUUGGUCGUGGGCGAUCCUCGUCGUCUACGAACCCAAGGUAAGGUAGUGCCGAAAUCUCUCAGGUAUCAUUUUAUUCUUCAAUCUUCUCUGGGUCAUGCAAGUGCGUGCCAGGCUAUCACCGCCUUUCUUUUUGUAUGGCAUCAACUUCGAUAUGUUUCCACCACUUACAUGCCAAUCCACACAAGGCUACAUUCUCCUUGAUGGGCCUUUACUAUGUUGUGUUGUUUUGUCUUGGCAACUUGGUGGUUCUUAUCAUCUAUAGGUCGAAGAAUUUAUAGCUAUGCAAAUUCGUUCACGAUAGUAGAGUUUACCGAUCCUUGUAUUUUCUCCGCUUCGUAUUGCUUUGAUGGUGACAUGGUGACAUGGUGAUAUGAUGGUGUAUUUUUUUUCGUAUGAUGUUUACAUAUACAUGAGCUACUCAGGAAGCAAUAGAAUAACAUGUCACCAAAGGCGUCAUAAUAUCUUCCCGCACGAAAUCUCAAUGUCAACCGCGCAAUGCAACUAUAUCCGUUCGGUAAUCCUCUUCUCGGCUAACCUAACCCACAACAUCGCAUGCGUUAACUAUCCUUUCCAGGAUAGACAACCCCAGACAACCUGGUGCUCUCUACCGCCCCCGCCAUCCUUUCUGAUGUGUAUGGUGGCAUCGCCUUUUCAUCCUGACAAAGUCCAGGCUGUUGUAUAUCAACAUUCUUUGCGUCACCAUGCCACCAUGGAUCCCUUGGAAACAAGGAAAGGGGUACUCGAUCAAUCAGGCCCGGCAUUGAGGGUGCGCCAUGCCAACUUUGCUCGUCUGUUCCAAUACAUGGCAUUGUAACAGCUGGAGGAGCAAUGUGUCGUAAAGAGUACUGAGACAAAAUUCUCAUAUCUCGAUACCCUGAAACAGAUGUUUCUGGCGGUGUGCCGGUAUCCUUGUCAAGACAAGAACAGGGCCAUCAGCUACUACUGUACUGUUACCCUGUAACUGUGGCUGUGACUGACGAGUCCGUCCUUGAUAGGCAACUUGGAACUUGGUUUAACCUCAGCCUGAAGAGCAAAAAACGGCCGCGCCAUGUCAACGUACGUCCGGAAUCUAGGAACACGACCCUGGUGUAACUGCGAAAGGAAUAUGCACAGCACAAAGGGCCUCUCAUGAUGCGACGUAGAAUCCUCUCAGUGAGAGAAAGGACCAAUAUGCUACGACCAUGUUUCCCGUUUGACAGGUCACGUUGAUGGUGAAUUUUGCUGAUCACUGUCGAUCGAUCGAGAUUUGUGAUUUAUGUUUUUCCUUGGUCAGCCCGUUUUUGGAUUAAACACCCUGGUGCCUGUGUCAACUACUGGACUGCACGGAGUACUGUACGGCAAACUUGAAUCUACCAACGACUUUGCCUUAGUUUCGAGCCUUGUCCAAGCCGGUUUCUCAACAUUACGGUCUCGUGUUCAAUCACAUUCCGGACCAAGGACAGCAUGUUGUAACCAGCCAGAGCCAUUCGAAACUACCAGAGAUAGAGAGCUAAUUACUUUCCCAUGCUACUCCGCUCCUGGGACUCGUAGAUCCCCCCCCUGAAACGCCGUUUUCGCCAAACACCUGCCCGAAUGAAAUAUCCUUGGUAGCAAUGCUGCGCGCGGGGUCGCUGCAGGACCGGUUCCCCGAACCGCAAGCCGUUGUAAUACAUGAUCAUCAUGAUCACCAUCGGCGAUGAUCAUGAUGAUGCAAAUGUCCGCUUUCCCA